CGCAAGUCGCCCUCCCCAUUGCUUUUUGGCCCUCUCUCACUCUUCUCUCUCUCUCUCUAACCAGAGAUAUCUGAACUCUCUCUCCUGGCCUCUAACUUUUAAUGCGCUCUCUCUGUCUACAGUCAGAUUUUAAAGAUCUCUCUCUCUCUCUCUCUCAUCUCUCCAUGGCGACUGCCUUAAAUGCCGUGGCACUCCUAUCUCCUGUCUCGAGCACUGCCCCCUUCCGCCGCCCUGCUUCACCUGCCUUCGUGCCCUCACACCAGCGCGUGCUUGUUCGUGCCACUACUUCUGAUCCUCUUAUUCACUCUUCUUCUUCUAAUGAUUCUUCUGGUUCAUCUUCUGGUAAAGUAGGGCUUAGGAUCCCCGAAACAGUGGCUAGCCCUAAUGGCGGUGCUAUGAUUAACUUCAUUCCAUCUACUGAAUCCAAUGUUGAGCGUAUGAUCUUUGACUUCCGCUUUCUGGCACUUUUAGCUGUUGGAGGUUCCUUGGCUGGAUCCGUGUUGUGCUUUCUCAAUGGUUGUGUUUACAUUGUUGAUGCAUACAAGGUUUAUUGGACAAGCUGUCUAAGAGGUGUUCACACUGGGAAGAUGGUUCUCCGUUUGGUUGAGGCCAUUGAUGUUUAUCUCGCGGGCACUGUCAUGCUAAUAUUUGGCAUGGGAUUAUAUGGUCUAUUUAUUAGCAACGUGUCUCCUAAUGUACCUGCCUCUCAUGACCGUGCACUCGGGGGGUCUUCCUUGUUUGGAAUGUUUGCUCUUAAGGAGAGACCUCGGUGGAUGAAGAUAAGCUCUCUUGACGAAUUGAAAACAAAGGUGGGGCACGUCAUAGUCAUGAUUCUCUUAGUUAAAAUGUUUGAGAGGAGCAAGAUGGUGAACAUAGUGACUGGGCUCGAUCUUCUCAGCUACUCUGUUUGUAUCUUCCUGUCAUCUGCUUCUUUGUACAUUCUACAUAACCUACACAAAAAUGAAUGACCAGCCAUUUUCCAUUUCCUUCCAUGGAUGGGGGUCAACUGUAAAGAAGUUUUGUAUAUAUGGCUUGACUCUAGGGAGCUACUUAUUAACUCAUUGAUGUUUAGUAAUGCUGCUUAUUCCACCAAGAAUAUACAUGGAUUGUUUUUGGAACUAGAUC